GACUGGUGCAUGGUCGUCGGCCAGAUCGCCCAGGCAGCGAUCCUCGGGGCGGCGAACAUCGGCGGAGCCUGGCUGGGUCGCUGCCCCCCUUGCCCGCAGGCGCCGGGGUGCCCGGCGCCUGCACUGAGCUGCCCACCGGUCUCGCUCACCUGCCCGGCGCCCCCGGCGCCGCCGGCGCUGACUUGCCCGCAGGUGACCUGCGCGGCUCCCGCGUGCCCGCCGUGUGAGGCGCCGGCACGCGAGGAGGUGGCGCCGUGCCCCUCGCCGGCCCGCGAGGACGCGGGCGCCGACGGCCGCCUGGCCGCUUGCCUGCCGCUGAAGGCCGUGGUGCUGAUCGGCGCGGACAGCAUGUUGGCCGUGGUGUCAUCGUCCGACCUAGUGCCGGGGGACGUGAUUCUAGUCCGCUACGCCGCGGACGAUCUCUGGCAUGAGCGAGUGCUGAGCUGGGCGCUGCCCGUCGACAAGAGUGGGGCUGUGCAUUGGGUGGUGGCAACACCCGACGGAGACAUGUAUGUGGAGACGAUCGAGGGGGGAAGCGCCGACGAUAGCCCGGUGGAGUGGAUCCGCCCGGCGGCCGACGGACGCCUCCCUGUUGGCUUCCAGGACGCCGUGUACUCCUUCCAGCGAGGCGAGAUCGACGGGGCCCUCUUAGAGAAGUGCGUGAAGAAGGGUGCCACCAUGGCGUUGAUGGACGCUCGGGAGCAUGGCGUGACCCCUGUCACCAUGACCGUGGCCCGGGCCCCGGGCGGCCGCAGGGUGCCGAUCGAGGAGGUCGUAGGCGCGGGGUUCGUGCAGCCGGCGCUCCGAGACGGUGCGCCUGACGGCGCGGACGCGGGAGGAGCCAUGGUGGCAGGGACUGCUACGCCGAGGACCGGCGUGUGGCGCGUGGUAGAGGAAGGCAACUCGUUGGGCUACGACGUGGGCCGUGAGGUGAAGCCCGUGACGGUGUACAUCGGAUGCAAGGGCGUCUACUCGCCCGACGGCAAGGACUCAGUGUUCGUGGAGUUCAGUGACGAGGACGAGGGCGAUUUUGUCAAGAGGGUGGCCCCGCGACCCCCGCCCAAGGAGUCCUCGGCGCAGGAUGCGCGCACGCUGGCCAUCAAGUUCAACCCGCAGGGCCGCAUGCGAGACUGGCGUGAUGUGGUGGAUAGCUGUCAACAAGAGGAGUUCGAGGAUUUCCCUGUGAGCGGGCCCCGCAGCAUGAGCUGGUGCUUACACUUCUUACGUCGUCGGCACACCCCCUUGGACCAUCAUCUGAUGUUCCGCAGCACGUGCUCGCUGAAGCCUGAGCAGUGGGGGGUGGCCGAGCACGAGACCUUGCUUCGCAUCAUCGAGCUUGCGGGGCAGUGUGACCAAUUGGAUGUGACGAACCUGGCGUGCAUGGAGGCGGCGGCGCGCAGGGUGCAGACCAUCGAGUGGGCCUACCAUGAUAAGAUCAGGGAGACGGACGCAGGGUCCACCUCGCGGCUAUCCAUCGAGGAGGCCACGGCUUUCUCAGGCCUCAGCCGUGCGGGGGACUUGAUGAUGGUGCUGCCCGCUCUCCUAGAGCACGUGAAGUUGCAAGUGGAGAAGGACGCAGCCAUCAUGAAGAACAUCAGGAAGGCCAAGGAGGAGAGGGAGCUGAGGCGCCAGGCCGUCGCCAGCCUAGCCAACCAAGCGAUCUACACUCUCAACGACUUGGCGGGCAGCGAGCGGGGGUCUUCCGUCUCGCAGCCUGGCGAGGGGCGGGCCCCGCACGGGGCUGUGCAGCGACGUGUAUAUGCGGCCGCCGCGGCGAUGGGCCCGCCACCAGCUCUCUCGCCCUCGGGAGCCCUGCAGGAGCUCCGGGGGUGCACGGUGUACGAGGACGUGCAGUCCACCGUGGUGCCCUACGACGAUAUGAAGGCCUCCCUGCCGAUGAGCGGUAAUCGUCCCGUUCCCCUGGCAGAACUUUUUGGGGCCGGUGGUCAAGCUGAAGUCGACGGGUUUCUUGGCUCUCAUCUUCUCAAAUCAGAAGCAGCCUCCCACAACCUCAAGGGGGCCCCUCGGGAGACGUACAUGGACGAGGUGCUUCGGAACUCUCCGCGCGCAUACCAGCGGCUGGUCAAGAGGCUCGAGAGGGCCAGGAUGAUUGACUACACCGUCCAGCCGCAGGAGUUUUGUUCGCUCUUUUUCGUGAGAAAGAAAAAUGGUAGCCAGCGGUUGGUCGUCGACUGCCGUCGCUCCAAUUGUUGGUUCUCGGCCGCGGACCCCGUCCAGCUCAGCACGGGCGCCGGCCACGGGAACCUAGAGGUGCCGGACGGGGCGCGGCUGUGCGUGGGCCACGUGGAUAUCAAGGAUGCCUUCUACCACUUCGAGCUGCCGGAGCGCGUGCGCAACUUGUUCGCGCUGCCGGCGGUGCCGGCCUGGGUGGCUGGCCUUGCUGAGGUGGGCGGCGUGAGAGUGAGCCCGGGUACUUCGGUGUACCCGCGGCUUCGAGUGCUUCCCAUGGGAUGGUCGCACGCACUGUGGGUUUGCCAGACUCUGCACCGCCGUAUCAUCCAGGAUAUCCCGGGCCUCGAGCCAACCUCGUUUCUGCACGACCGAGGGCCAGCGCCUGCGACCACCCCUGCGUGCCACACUGUCUACGUUGAUAAUUUUCUGGCGCUGGGUACCUGCCGAUCGACGGUCGAGCGGCUGGUGCGUCAGGUGUCCGCCCGCGACAUCGAGAAAGUGGUGGGACACUGCACCUUCUUAGCCCUCCUCUCUCGGACCUCGCUCUCCAUCUUCCGGUCCGUCUACACCUUCAUCGCUCGUCAUCGUGAUCACGGUACCGCACCGCUCUGGGAGUCUGUUCGCUGGGAACUCGAGGCCUUCAGGAACGUCAUUCCUUUGAUUCGUCGUGAUUUUGGGGCUCCGUGGAGUUCAAAGGUUAUGGCAUCAGACGCUUCUUUCUGGGGCUACGGCGUCGUCUCACGGGACCUCCCUCCGGACAUUGUUCAACAACUAGGGCGUGUCAGUGAGCGAUGGCGGUUCUCGGGUAAGGCUCAGGUCAGGUCUCGUGAAGGGGUUCUGGGGCCCGACUGGGAGCUCGACACCGGCGACUGGGUGAAGAAGGUGGAGGAGGACAGUCAGGAGAGAGAGGACGCCCUUUCGGAUCUGCCGGAGAUCUUGAAGGAGAGGGGGUGGGCGGUGCUGAUGGGGAAGAAAUGGGAGGUCCCCAUCUCCAACAUCGUUCAGGGAGAGGUGGGCCCCAGGCCGCCCGCGCUGACCUACCCAGCGCAGGGUUCCCCAGUGCUGGUCCGGCGACGGCCGAGGGCGUCCUCGCCGCCGAGUGCGGAGACGAUAGGCUUGUCGCCGAACAUGCUGCCCUGGCGCCCGUUGGGCCGUGUGAUCGGCCGCCUGGGUGCUGGGACCGCGGGCCAGUUCCCCCGCGACCUGAGCGACUGGAUGAACGAGCAGUACAUGGAGGGCUACGACCACUGGCGCGGGUCGAACAUGAUGGCGGCAGUCGCCUGGGCAGACCCUCGCCCAAGCCGCGGGGGAGGACACGGGCUUCCCCUUUCGCGGCAGGCGCUGAAGGGCUGGCGACUCCUGGCGCCCGCCUCCAGCCGCCUGCCGCUGCCGGUCAAAGUGGUGUUUGCCAUCCUGAUGCAGCUGCUUGUGUUGGACGACUGGGACAUGGCCGUGUGCACCAGCAAGACGGGGGAGAUCGACGAGUCGCUGCUGCUAAACCUAGAGGAGGACCAGUGGUUGGUGCCGCUCUGCCAGCGUCUCGUGCUGGGCCGCGACCCGCAGGAGCUCCUGUUCGCCUUCAGUCAGGCCGAGUUCACGCGGUGCUUCGAGACGGCCGGCGCAAAGCGGCUGCUGCAGCGCCCUCUGCCGCCCUACAUCCCGCGGCACGUGGGCGCCGGCCGCGACUUCGCCGAGCAGCGCAGGGCGCUGGUCGGGGCGAAGCGCCAGGGGCGGUGGCACACAGUCGCCGGCGUCGGGCACUACGAGCUGAAGGGCAGAGUGGGCAACGAGUCCGCCAAACUGCCGCUCCGCAUCCAGAACCAAGUACGCUGGUGCCACAAGUACCUCCCCGCGGCGCUCUCCGGAUCGCUGCAGCCACGCGGGUGUCAGGCCCCCGGAGACCAGGUGUUCGCUGGAACUGCUCGGCUUGGUCGAGCGAUGGCGGCGCAAGGUUUUCACGUGCUGGCUUGGGACGUGAAGUAUGGCGAUCAGUUCGAUCUCACCUCGCCCUCGAAGCGCUCACUGAUUCGUGGCUGGAUUCUUGGCUCCGAGCAGUGCAUGGCAGGGCUGCUGCCGGGGGCCCUGGCUGGGCUGGCGAGCCUCAUCUGGCUCUCGCGCUGCCCGUCUGUGCCUGCCUGCCCACCUUGCCCCCAGUGCCCAGCGUGCCCUGGGGCCCCAGCCAACCCGCCCUCGCCACUGGCCGCAGGCGGGCUCGGGGUGUGGGGGUGGGUGCUCGUCGCGGGUUGUUUCUUCGUGACCGGACUUGCCCUGGGCACGUGGCUGACGCCGACGAGACUCGUGGCCGAGGCCGUGGUUCCUGCGAACGAGAUCUACGUCGCGCAGGAGAGGGCCAACGGCCGCCCUGCGGUGCCGCCCCCAGGAGGAGCCCUGAAGCUGCUGGCGGAGAUCCUGGCCGAAGGCCAGGCGGCGGACGACUCCGACCGCCGUCCGGCACCUUUCAGGAGUUUUUGGAGGCGCGCCCGCGGCGAUGGCCGCACGCGCGACAUUCUGCCCGUCCCUCUCGAGGCCCUUGCUGCGGAGAAGGAUGCUAAUUCGGUGCCACUUAGUCGUUCAGUGCUUCGGCGAGUUCAGCGUCGUGCCCACUUGCGGUCCGGGGCGGCGGAGACCAUCGCUGCCCUCAACCACUUCUAUUGCGGCGUCUCCGAGCCGAGAGAAGAUCGUGCUCCCCGUCUGGCGGCCGCCCAGGCCGAGAGCGUAUUUUGGGCCCGCGUGGCCUGGUCGCAGGUCGGCCCGCCGCCGCCCGACGUGGAGCCCUCGGGGGCCAUGGGUCGGCCGCGCGUCUACGCCGCCUUCUUCCGGCGGGCCGAGGCGGCGGGGCUCGUCGAGCGCCGACGCUCGGCGGGGGCGGAGGCGGGCGCGUUCUUGGUCUGGAAGAAGUCGCGGAGGCAAAGAGCGACUAUAGAUGCUAGGGUCGCGAACUGCGUGUUCGACCAGCCCGACUCCGUGGAGCUCGCCGCGGGGCAGGUCGCCUUCUACGCGAUGCUGCUUCCCCGCGACCUCCGCGCGCACUUCGACCUUGCCCCGGCGCGAGCUGGCACGGUGAACGUGACCUGCGUCAACGGCGAAGCCGUGUGCGCGCAGGAUCGCAUCGCGCCCGUGCUGAGGGUGCUGCCGAUGGGCUGGAAGCGGGCCCUCUGGGCGUGCCAGGCGCUGCGCGAGGCCUGCGCGCGAUGCGCGGACAGCUUCAUCGCGCUGAGCCAGGGCGCGGAGGGGGUGAAGGACCGCGUCCUGUCCGCCACCCAGGCGCUGCAGGAUGCCGGGCUGCCCGCGCACCCUCCGAGCUGGGGCGCGGGGGGCGAGGCGCUGGGCCGGCGCUUCUCCGAGCUCGAGGCCGCCGUGGAGGAGCUCCUCAGCGCCCUCUCGGCGAACUACGCGCGCGUCGAAGCUUUCGGGGAGAGGCCGGGCCACCUCUGGGACAGCGCGCGGCACGAGCUGCGCCUGGCAGCCGCGCUGGUGCCAUUGGCCCGGCGGCAGCUGGGGGCCUGCUGGGGCCCGCGGGCCACCGCGUUCGACGCCUCCGCGCGGGGCAGAGGCGUCGUGCAGAAGCGCGUGCCGGAGGAGUGGCUGGCGAAAGCCUCGGCGUUCAACGAGCGGCGGCGCUUCGCGCGCUCCGAGGAGGGCGCGGUCGCUGCCCGCGGAGAUCUGGACGUCCCAGAUCUUGCUCCAGAGGCGGGCCGCUGUGCAGCGCUGAGGCCGCCCGCGGACCUGCUGGGCGCGAUGCUGCCGCGGCCGCUCGGCUUCGCGAAGACGGUCCUGGGCAGGGUGACGAAGCCUUUGAGCCAGACCGCCCUGCCGAAGGUGUCGCUGCUGAGCCGGCCGACCUCGCCGAUCGCCAGGGCGCAGGUGUCGGCGUCGGGGCGAGUGAUGCGGCGGCUGGGGCCCAGCGCGGGCCCUUCGGUUCCGCGCAGGUCGCGCCGUGGCGCGGGCGCGGGAGCGGCCCCCCGGCCACCCGGGGCGACGAGGAACCGCCCGCUGGGCCGGGGGCGCGGGUUGGCCGAGCUGGAGCCGGACGCGCUGGGGCUGAGGAAGAGGCGGAAGCUGGAGAGGUACGGCAGCCAGAGGACGGGCGCCGACGCCCCGAUGAGCUUCCUGGAGCGCCGCACCGCGCGGCCGCGCACAGAGGCCAACUACCGCAACCGAGUGGCCGCCCCCGAGCGCUGGGCCCGGGCGUCCAGGGCGCCGCUGGAGCCCGUGGCCGCGGUCGACGCUGCCGCGGCGGCUUGGAAGAACGAGCAGUUCUUCGAGGGCGCCGGGCUGGGGAGCGGCAGCUACCUCCUGGCGGCCCUGGGGUAUCUGCGGCCUGAGCUGACUCGCGGGGGCCCCAGUGGCUGCCCCUCGUGGCUUAACGCGCUGGCGUUCGAGGGAAAGCUGCAGAUGGCGUCGGCGGCGAUGGUGGCCGUCGUGUUCAUUCUCAGGCCGAGGCGAUGCGCAUCCGAGUCCAGGACGUGGCGCCCCCGCCCCGAGAGGGCGGGACAGCAGGGAGUGAGCUCAAAGACGGGGGCGUGCGAGGAGUCGCUGGUGCUCGACAUCCCCGAGUUCGCCUGGCUGGGGAACGCGUUCGCCCGGUUCAGGGGCGCAGCCAGGCUCAAUCAGCGCGCGCGCUGGAGCAGCGACGCGUCCGCCCGCAGGCGCGUCAGGAGGGGCAUGGCCAACCAGGUUCUGGCAUCCCUCGGCGCAGCCGUGCGGAGGCGCGGCGCCGACUGCGAAGCCAGACUUGGUCGCCUCCUCUCGAAGCGAUCGCCGCCGUUGCUGCCGCCAAUCGACAUCCGCCGCCACCUGUCGCGCGACCUCGCGGUCCGCAAGGGCCGGUGGAUCAUCGGAGGUCUCAUCCAGCAUGGCCUCGCGCGGGCUAUCUGGCCAGGCGCGCCUUGCAACGCUUUUUCGCGGGCUUGA